AUCCCUUACUAAACUAUUUUUUUUAAGAGAGAGAGAGCGAACAAAACAAAUAGUGUGAGGUUAGAGAGAGAAGGCCACAGCUUUCGUUCCACCUCUUCGCACCGCUUUAAGCUUAUCAUCACCUGUUUAUCUUCUCUCCCAGUUCUCUCAUCUUUCCCAGAGAGCGACAUGGGCGAGGAAGAGAAGAAGCCGGAGGAGAAGAAGGAAGUGCCCAAAGCCGGGAAGGCUGAGGAGUCCAAGGGGCCGCCGCCGCCGCCGCCGCCGCCGCAGGAGAUUGUGCUCGCAGUCUACAUGCAUUGCGAAGGCUGCGCCAGAAAGGUCCGCCGAUCUCUCAAAGGCUUUGAAGGUGUGGAGGAUGUUCAGACGGAUUGCAAGACCCACAAGGUGGUGGUGAAGGGCGAAAAAGCAGAUCCGCUCAAGGUUGUGGAAAGGGUCCAGCGGAAGUGCCACCGCCAGGUGGAGCUCCUCUCCCCCAUCCCCAAACCGCCGCCACCGGAAGACGCCAAGAAACCGGAGGAGCCACCGGCACCCAAGCCUGAAGAGAAAAAAGAAGAGCUCCUGGCGAUUACGGUUAUCCUCAAAGCUCACAUGCAUUGCGAGGCCUGCGCUCAAGAAAUCAAACGCCGCAUUGCCAGGAUGAAGGGGGUUGAAAACGUGGAAUCAGAUCUCAAGAGCUCGGAAGUGACAGUGAAAGGCGUUUUCGAAGUAGACAAACUGGUGGAAUACGUUCACAAGAGAACCGGAAAACAUGCAACGGUAUUGAAGGUGGAACCGGACAAGAAAGUGGAAGAGAAGGCGAAGGAGGAGAAAGAAGAGAAGAAGAAGGCCGACGAGGGCGGAGAAAAGGCACCGGAGAAGGCCGAAGAGGCGGCCGGAGGAAAGAAGGAAGACGCUGCCCCCGGCGCCGGAGAUCCUCCUGCGCCGGCGGCGGAACCGGCGGUGGAGGGAGAAGGAGAGGCGGGCAAGGUGGAGGUGAAGAAGAACGAGUACUACUACAACUACAGUCACCCUGUGAAUUACCAGAUUUACCCCUACGGAUACGUCUCGCAGCCGAUGCCGAGGUUUGAAGUGUACGGUUACCCGCCGGCGCCAGUACCGGUGCCGGUGCCGGUGCCGGCACCUCAGAUGUUCAGCGAUGAGAAUCCGAACGCUUGUUCCGUCAUGUAAAUCUGGGGGAUGCGAGGGGUAAAAUGGGGAAAGCGGUGCGCAUGGGAACUCUCCAGAAGUAGGGUUUCUUGCUGGUGCUCCACAUGCGCCGUGUUUGGGUCUUUAGUACAAAAUCUGCAGAGGGACUGUACUUUUUCCUCUUCGUACCUUUCCUUUUUAAACAGUUCUCGACGUAUAAAGUAAUAAUAAUAUUUACGAUGAUAUAACGUAUGUAGAGCUAAAAUUGUGCAAUAUUGGAGUGGCUGUUUUUUUCUUUUC